AUGGAAGAAGCCACGGCGGUGCUGCAAAGUUUGUUGGAGGACUCCGGGCAUGAAGUGACCGCCAUCACUUUGAGUGUCGAGCUUCAAGUGCCUCUCAUCACAGCUAGAAAGCUGCUGUAUGCACACGUGCAGCAAAGGCUACAGCAGGGCGAACCAUUCUUCGUCUCUUUUGCAGGAACUGACGAAGAAGGGAUUACUCUUCACAGAGUUCUCCUUUCCAGCCCCACGAUGCCCCCCCUAGAGUGCCUUUACAGCGCGCAGCUUGCGGCAGUGGGAGAAGCAGAAGGAACCGAAGCAGCUAAAGGCACGAUCUCGUGCUGCCGCAAAGAUGGGCCUCGACAGUUGGAAGUGGCGCACCUAUCGUGGCAGAUGGAGUGCCGCGCUCUUGCUGCCGCCUUCUCCUCUCAACUUCAGCUCCAACAACAGAAGCCGCAGCAUCAGCAGCAGCUCUUUGUGCCCCCUUUCGCUUCAGUGCGACUCCAACGCCUGAUGCGCAGGAAUACGAGCCGCGCAGCCACCCCAGCAGCAACGGUCGCUGCUGUUGCUGCAACGGCAGCAGCGGCGGCUCGCAAGGCUCAUUCUACUCUACCCAAACAACAGACACAGCAGAAGUCACAGACAGCAAAAGCAGCACCAGAACGCAGCAAUACCAACAGGCCCGAGAUAUCUCAGCUCAAAGCAAAGCAGCCGGACAUAAACAGGAUGCUGCAGAAGCGCCCCACUGCAAAAGCUGCGGCCGCUGCCUCCUCAGGAACUGCUGCCGCCUCACCACCUGCUCAUGAGCCGUCUACCGCAGGAGCAUCCCCACAACCACCAUCACAG